GGCUUUUGUGUGCCGCGGAGAAACCUGGUCUCAGAUGCCAGCCCAGCCGGAACAUCUUCAGGCUCAUUAAUUAUGGAGGCGUCUGACAGGGGCAGCUUCCCUUGCUUUGUUUCCACGGUAGAUGAAAGGGGACAUGGAUCUUUCUGUUUUGCCCAAUAACAACCACCCUGACAAAUUCCUGCAGCUUGACGUGAAGUCUUUAAUGAGGAGCUCAACCCUUCUGCAGGCUAGCCUCGCGAGAUUUCCGGGUGGAAAUUAUCCCGCUACACAGCACUGGCAAAACCUUGUCUACUCACAGGCUCCUUGGGACAUAUGUCAUGAGAUCAUUCAGAGUCAGAGACACUCAGAUGAUUAUAGCCCUGGGGCUUCUCAGAGGAAAUCUGUGAGGCGGAGUGAAAAGCCAGCGGUGAGAAGUCCUUUCUACAAUAUCAGACUCUGCAUUAUGCCUGCAUACCAAGAAGACAGAAAGGAAGACACAUGUACUAUUGGGGAGAAAGAAAAGAACAUUGCUACUCAACGAAUCAAGGGAUUUGGUGGGGAGAACCCAGUCCUUCCUGAAAGCCCUCCCGCAUCCAUGUCUUCAGUUAUGAAGAACAACCCGUUGUAUGGUGACGUGAGUUUGGAAGAAGCCAUGGAAGAACGGAAAAAGAGUCCUUCAUGGACCAUUGAGGAAUACGACAAGCACUCUGUGCAUUCCAAUCUCUCUGGACAUCUGAAGGAAAACCCCAAUGACCUGCGCUUUUGGUUGGGGGACAUGUAUACUCCAGGCUUUGACACUUUGCUGAAGAAGAAAAAGAAACGCAACAAGCGAUCAAAAUUAUGUCACAUGGGUCUGAUUUUACUUGUUGUGGCCUCCAUCCUGGUUACCGUAGUGACUCUCAGCGCUUUAUUCGCUUAAGGAAAUUGCAAGCCCACCUUUGAAGCUCUAAAACGCCUUCUAAAUAUUUGCAGGAAAAUCUGUGCGUCGUGAGCAUCUGCGUUGUUAACUAUGUGACUAAAUGCCACUGCCCUUUAGACG